GUAAUGGAUGAAAUUCGUCCAUUGGCAAGCGACGUUCGACUGACUGCAACAUUCAUUGCGAGUAUGAUUAAGACGUGAACAAAGUUUUUAUCGAGUUUCGUAGUCUAUUGCCAAAAGCCAACUCUGUCAAACUUCGUCGCUAGCACUGAAGGAAUUCGUCUACUGCUGAAUCAACAGGGUGCCGUGCGUUUGUCGCAGUUCUGGGAAGAAAACUCCUAUUGCAUAGGAUAGAAGAUGAAAUCGUGGUAUCUAGUCAUACUGGUCCUCAGCGCAGCAGUAAUGUCCGUGACUGCACAGCAAUAUGUCGCUCACUAUAAUUGCAACGACGGAGGGCGUUAUUUUGUAAGCGACGGUAACUGGAUUGGAACUGCUUCAUCAGCUGCAGAAGCUAGGUGUACUGCUGUUCAAACUACAUUGGUGACAAUGUCUGAUAUCGCUGGAACAUGUUCUCAGUCCUAUAUCGCUUAUAUCACCACCAAUCUGAAAAGAUCCGUUUCUGUUUGGGUGUCGGACGGAAGCGGAGGUGUUACUUGCUAUCCUAAAGUGACACCAUGCCCAGCCGCUGAUGUUGUCAUGUGUAUAAACACCAGACUUGAUGCAGUUUCACCACCAAGUCAACACUGUGGUACCGCAUUAUCUCCUGUAGCUAACGGAACUAUCACCUAUCCAAGUGGAGACGUGUUUCCGUCGCAGGCCUUUCUCGAUUGUGAUCUGGGGUAUACUAAGAGUUCAGUGAAGUGGUACGCAGAUUGUGAAGCAAAUGGCGCAUGGGCUUUUUGGAGUGGUUAUCAGAGGUGCACUCAGAUCACAUGCACUUCUCCAUUAACUGCACCGGCAAAUGGUGCUGUAACCGUCGGUGCUAAUCUAUUUUCAUCAGUGAGUCAGUACAGUUGCAAUGAAGGUUAUCAAUUGAGUGGUACGAGUUACACAAUAUGUCAAGCCGAUCGGUCUUGGUCAACUGCCAAUCCAAUGUGCACACGUGAGUACCAUACUCUCCACACUAUUAUUCUUCGCAUAUAG